UUCAGACGCGCGAGCCCCUUGCGAGGCGACACAUCUCCUUCCUUGCCGUUCGCCGCCUCAGCACGCCCAAAGGAGAAUACGAAGAACCCACUUAAAGAAUUAAUUAAGAAGCGAAUAAGAAUUCCGGGCAGUGAUUCGCUGGAUGUUUAUCUAGGCCGUUUACAGAGACCGCGGGCCUAAACUCAGCCACCAUGUUCGUGCUGCGUCUGGUGGCCGCCAUAUGGUGCUGCUCGUACCUCGCCCUCACGCGGAAGAUCCCCUACUACGACACCUUCGACGAUGACUUCUACUCCGAACUGAGGAACCUGCUGGAGGAGCACCAGAGCGGGAAGGGCGCGCCCCCCGUGGCCCACCCCCGCGAAGUGCGCGGCUGGGGCGAGGAGCUUGGCAUCGGGCAGGUGGCGGGCGUGAGCGUGGACCCCGACGGCCACCCCGUCGUGUUCCACCGCGGAGGCAGAGUGUGGGACUACACUAGCUUCAACGCGACGCACCACUACCAGGAGGCGGCGCCCCUGGACGACGACGUGGUGGUGGUGCUGGACGCCCAGACGGGGCUGCCCCUCCGCUCGUGGGGGCGCGGCAAGUUCCUCCUGCCGCACGGCAUCACCGUCGACGCGCAGGGCAACACGUGGCUCACCGACGUCGGCCUCCACCAGGUCUUUAAGUUCCCCCUGGACGCCGAGGAGCCCAGCCUGACCCUGGGCCACGCGCGCAUGCCUGGCUCCGGAGACCACCACUUCUGCAAGCCCACGAGCGUCGCUGUGGCCGCGUCAGGAGAGUUCUUCGUCGCCGACGGAUACUGCAAUGGCCGGAUCCUUCGCUUCCAUGCUGACGGCACCCUUAUGGCUCAGUUCGGACACAUGGGGAGCGACGGCAGUUCCCGCGCCCUGUACGUGCCUCACGGCCUGGCGCUGGACGACAGCCGCGACGCCCUCUGCGUGGCCGACCGCGAGAACCGCCGAGUCCUGUGCCUAAGGGCAGGACUCCGGCACGUGGACGACUUCGGCGAGGCCUUCAUGACGCUACAGGAACCCAACCAGGGCCGUGUGUUCGACAUCGCCACCGUCAACGGCGUGGUGGUGGGCGUGGCCGGCAGCGAGGACGAAGGCGCAGCCACGGGAUUCACAGCCGACCUGAGCAACGGGAAAUUGCUGGACGCCUGGGGCCCGCUCGUGGGCUUCCACAACCCGCACGCCAUCGCCGUGAGCCGCGACGGGUCCGCCAUCUACGUCUCGGAGAUCGGGCCGAACCGCAUCUGGAAAUUCCUCCUGGAGAGUCCUGCAGCUUACUAAACAGGAUCCAUCGUCUGCAACUUUGUUUCUUGUUGCUUUCGAAAUGGCUCCCUUAGGGGGGGACCUUGAUAGAUAUAUAUUUGUAGAGAGAGAAACGAUUUUUCUGAGAAUAUUUCCCAGGUGCAAAAGAAUGCUUGAACGAUAGCUUGUUUGGAAACGGAAUACUCUGCAGAUAAUGCGAUCUUGAGAAAAAAUAUAUGAGGUAAUUCAAACAGGGCAAGGAAAAUAAGGGAAGAAUGCUAUUUUUAAGUUUAGAAAGAAGGGUUCAGAAUAGAUUACCCAAGAGGAAGUAAUGUUAUAUAUUCUAAAAAAACACACACCAUUCCUCUCUUGAAGAUUUAUCUUGUACAAAACAGUUAUUGUUCGAAAAUGUUUCCGGAGAAGGAAAAAGGGAGUGUGUUAACGGAUUACGAAAAUGGUCAAACAUAUAUUGAACACAUUAAGAAUAUCUGAAUCCCAACCAUUGUGGUCUAAAUAAGAAUUAAUGACGUUACAUAUUAUGUCAGAGCUUAGUGAAAUUCAGAUGGUGAUACAUUUGCAGUUAUAUUUCCAACUAACCACUUCUGGAUACAUCUUGCACUUCCCACUUGCACAAUUUAUAAUCAUUAAGCAUAUUUCAAGCAUUCAUCAUUCUUAUCAGUAUUAUCCAAUUCCUGAAUGCAACAAGACUGCCACAGCGUUUUAUAGCAUAACUGAUCGUGGCUCUCUUGUGUGUAAUAACAGAUGAAGAUCACUUUCUCAAAAGAAAGAAGGCAUUGCCGAGACUCUUCUGCGACGAGUAGCGCAAACAAUAUUAGUUGAAAUAUGAUCUUACAUCUCUCGAAAGAAUCUAGCUAGAUGAAUACAUAGCUUUAUCAGGAUUUUUCAAACAUAUCAUAUCAUGUAGAAAAGAUCUUUACAGUGCAUUAAAAGAUUCUGUUUAAAUAGAUUUAAUAUAGGUGGCUGAAAAUAAUGUUUGCGUAUCUAUAGAAAAAAAAACAAAUAUUGCCCUAGGUGGCACAUUGAAAUUUUGUUGCAAAUGGCAAGCUUA